AUGAACCUGUCUUCUGUCAACGCCUCUGUUUCUACAGCUGGUUAUCAGCGGGACACUUAUACCAAAGCUGUGGUCAAGAAUGUGAUUGUCACAGUUCUCUGCAUCUCCAUUAACUACAUCAAUGGAACACUGUUGCACACCUUCAGAAAGCACCAGAUCCUCAAUUCAAACCCUCGCUACAUUCUGUUCAUCCACCUGGUGAUAAACGACAUGAUCCAGCUGCUCCUUUCAACUCUUCUCCAUGUCAUCAGCUAUGCCUUGCACAGAAUCUCCACGCCUUUCUGCCUCAUCGUCCUGAUCGUUGCUGUUGCCGCCACCCAGAACACCCCGCUGAAUCUGGCUGGCAUGGCAGUGGAGUGCUACAUUGCCGUCUGUCUGCCCCUCCAUCAUGGGCAGAUCUGUACGGUCAAGAAAACCUAUAUUUUCAUCGGUCUGAUCUGGGUUGCGAGUGCAUUUAAUGUCCUGCCAGACCUGUUCAUCCUCCUGGCGACAGAGCCUCUGCAGUUCUUCCACUCCAGAGUCUUUUGUGCCAGAGAUUACGUGUUCAGACACACUGUGAAGAAGCGGGAUAUUUCACACAUUGUUUGUCUGGUUGUGGUUUGGUUCACAAUCUUUUAUACUUACUUCAAAGUGCUGUUUGCUGCCAGAGGAGCAUCUGCAGACAUGACAAAAGCCAGAAACACGAUUCUCCUCCAUGGCUUCCAGCUGCUUUUAUGCAUGCUGUCCUAUGUGAGACCCAUAUUUGAACAAGGUCUGACUAACCUAAUGCCCAAACAGUUUCUGAGCAUACGCUUUGCUUCGUAUGUCAUUGUCCAAAUCCUGCCACGGUUCGUUAGUCCAAUUGUCUACGGACUACGAGACCAGACCUUCAGGAGGUAUGUAAGGAGAUACCUCUUCUGUUAG